CAGUUCCAAUUUGUGGCCUAAGCAAGGACGGUGCUGGCCAGCUUCGCGAACGAUUUUGACAGUUAGAUCGCGAAAGAUUGUUUGUGUUGUUCUUCGGGGGAUUCACAUCGGACUACAGAACCAAAGAACAACAAACUGACAACUAUAGUCGGUGAAACGAAUGAGGCGUCCAGUCGGCAAGGAAGGAUCGAACGGGGAUGCUGACAUCUUUUCGAACUGAUGCUGCCCUUCUCAACCAAUAGACUCGUACCGUGAUAGUCCGAAAAAGAUGCUGCAAACGCCAAUCUUAUCACCCACGUCUCCAAACCAACCAACCCCGAGCAGCAGCCUGUACUUCCAGCAAAACCUGUGAUACCGUCGAUUCCCUUAUCAGCGUCUUAUCAGCGGAGAUGUUGACCAGAUAAAUCGCCCACGAAAUCGAGACAGUGAGAUUAGAUGCGGCAUUGUGUACCUACCUAGUGUCGAUUGAGAAGGCGUACGAAACGAAACUAGCUUAAGUCCUGUGAAAUGGGUGUCCUCUGGAGGAAACGCUCCGUCCUGUUGAAGAUCGUGGUCGUGGGUACCACCGUUUGGUUCACCAUAGCCUUCCUGUUGUACAGCGACGACAGGGGCGCGGAGAACACAGUGGUGGAGGAGGUGAACAACGAACUUAGACGUAGGGCGUACGAUAGUAGGGAUAACAUUCCCAUAAGGCCGAUGCCAUACAAGCAGGAGGAGGUGCAGAUGAACGAGGUGCAGAAGAAGGAGUCGGAUAGUGUGUUGCUGCCACCACAGAAUAUGGCUGGGGAGAUGGGGAAGCCUGUUGUUUUACCUGCCAACCUUUCCAAGGACGUUAAAGCCAUGGUUGAUCUAGGCUGGAAGAACAACGCCUUCAAUCAGUACGUCAGUGACAUGAUCAGCGUUCACAGAAGUUUGCCAGAUCCAAGAGAUGAAUGGUGUAAAGAGGAGGGCAGAUACUCAGACGACUUGCCAAGCACGUCGGUGAUAAUAUGUUUCCACAACGAGGCCUGGUCUGUGCUGCUCAGGACUGUACAUUCAGUCCUGGACCGAUCUCCCGCCAACCUGAUCGAGGAAGUGGUCCUGGUCGACGACUUCUCCGACAUGGAGCACCUGAAGGACCCUCUGGAGGAGUACUGGGCCAAAGAGCCCAAGGUCAAGAUCGUCAGAGCCAAGAAGAGGGAGGGACUGAUUAGAGCUAGGCUCCUUGGUGCCAGGAAAGCCAGAGGAAAAGUCCUGACCUACCUAGAUUCCCACUGCGAAUGCACGGUCGGAUGGUUGGAGCCGCUACUGGACAGGAUAGCCAAGAAUACCACGACCGUCGUCUGUCCGGUGAUCGACGUCAUCGAUGACACCACCUUGGAGUACCACUACCACGACAGUGGCGGCGUCAACGUAGGGGGAUUCGAUUGGAACCUGCAGUUCAAUUGGCACGCCGUGCCGGACAGGGAGAAGAAAAGGCACAAGAACUCGGCCGAGCCUGUUUGGAGUCCGACCAUGGCCGGAGGCCUGUUCAGCAUAGACAGGGAAUUCUUCGAGAAACUCGGCACCUACGACGAAGGCUUCGACAUCUGGGGCGGCGAGAACCUGGAGCUCUCCUUCAAGACUUGGAUGUGCGGCGGCACUCUAGAAAUCGUGCCCUGUUCCCACGUGGGUCACAUCUUCAGGAAGAGGUCGCCAUACAAGUGGAGAAGCGGAGUGAACGUCCUGAGGAGGAACUCCGUCAGGUUGGCGGAGGUUUGGCUGGACGAGUACGCCAAGUACUACUACCAGAGGAUAGGCAACGACAAGGGGGACUUCGGGGACGUCUCCUCCAGAAGGCGGCUGAGGAGCAGGCUGGGAUGCAAGAGCUUCAAGUGGUUCCUGGACGAGAUCUAUCCGGAGCUGUUCAUACCUGGGGAGGCUGUGGCCAGUGGAGAGAUCCGUAACCUCGGCAAGGGCGGCAAAACCUGCCUGGACUCGCCGGCCCGCAGGAGCGACCUGCACAAGCCAGCAGGACUCUACCCCUGCCACAGACAGGGUGGAAAUCAGGUAAAGUUGCAUUCACUUACUCAAUGUUUUUUCUUUUCUCGAUUUCAGAUCGCUAGCGACGCCACCGGAUAUUGCGUGGACUCAGCCUGCAAACCCGAAGACAUGCACAAACCCGUCGGUUUGUGGCGGUGUCAUCAGCAGGGCGGUAACCAGUUCUGGAUGUACAGCAAGGCCGGUGAAAUCCGUAGAGAUGAGGCCUGUCUGGACUACAGCGGCCAAGAGGUCAUCCUAUACCCUUGCCACGGCAGCAAGGGCAACCAGUACUGGGAAUACGACCCAGACACCAAACUGCUGCGCCACGGCAGUUCCAACAAGUGUCUGGCAAUCAACGAGGCCAAGACGAAGCUCCUGAUGGAAUCCUGCGACAGCGACGUUGCCAGACAGACCUGGUCGUUGGAGAACUACGACCCGAAAAAAUUGUGAUUUCGGUUUGUGGAAGAUCUGUAUUGAUAAGAGUGCUAGGUAACGGUUAUCGAAAGAGGAACUUUCAGAAAUGGUGUUUUAUAUCGUGUAAAAUUUUGAUGUACAUAUCCCUGCUUGAAUAUCGAGUUUUUUUCGACUUGUCUCGAAUUUAUAUCAUUCCAACUUGUACGUAUCACUUUUCGACAUUGCCAUACAAUGUAAAUCUGACAAAGUUUAUUCGUUGUCUCGACUGUACCAUAUCAGGACUUUGUAGGUACCAAUUUUUUCAAGUUUUUGUGAUAAAUCAUCGCUUUUUGAAGUGAUCCGUUCAUACAUGAGGACUUUAUAUACCCGCAAUUAUAUAUCAUCUUUUAUUGUUUUAUUGUAUAUAAAAUUCGCAUUGUUAGUUAGGAUGUUGUAUAAAUUUUAUGGUUUGAUUUUUUUUUUUUUAAUAUUUGUUUCGAAUUAAGAUAGACUACAUUAAGUACAUUCCAUAUUUUAUAAUUCCGUAAUUUAUAUUGUUGUUCCUCUGUACUUGAGACUUUGGAGUCAAUUGAAAGUGUGUGAUUUGCUCAAAUGUAUAUUUCGAAGUCCUUAAAAAAAAAUUUUUAUUUGUAUCUUAACAUUUUAUCAUUCCAAUUUCUUGAUGUGAGUUAUACUUUGUGAUCUUAGCUUUCUUUCUCCAAAUUUCAUUAACUGGUUUUGUGAGUUUCCUAAAUUUUUUCUUUAGAAACUAACAAUUAAGGAUGAAAUGCUUUCCAUAUUCUCCGAAACUGUUGUUCGAUAUUUUUUUCAAAUUGUAUAUUACUAGGGAUAACUUAGAAGUUGCCAUAUUUGUUUCAUGUGAAAACUUCGGAGAGUAUAGAAAGAUUGUUUUUUUCAACGAGGCCAGUCAAUCUGUGUAAAUUUAAAUAUUCUUGAAAUGUGCCUUAAUUUUCCUGUAUAUUGAGAGUUGAAUAAAUAUGUUAUAAAAAUCUGAAAAAAA